AUGCGCGAACUACCGAUCCGCCCACGCGGCCUCCUCUGGCAAACAGACUUCAUCACACAGGACCACGAAGCCCGCCUCCUGGAGAUCUUCCGCCAUGAGCUAAUCUGGCCGGAGCGACCGGGUCGGAUCUCGCUGCACUACGGCUACACCUUCGACUACAAGACGUUCAACAUCGACCCGGCGAUCCCGUACCGCCCGUUCCCUGCGUGGCUGGUGCCGUUACUGCCGCCCACGGAGGCUCGCCCGCCGGACCAGGUCUGCCUGCAGUACUACCCGCCGGGCGCCGGCAUCCCGCCGCACGUCGACGCCCACGGCCCGUACGACCAGCUGUAUGCGCUGUCGCUGGGCGCGCCUGUCCUGAUGCAGUUCCGGCGCGGCGAGGACCGUGUCGAGGUUGACUGCGAGCCGCGGAGUCUGAUGUGCAUGACUGGUGAGGCGCGGUUGUUUUGGACGCAUGGCAUCAAAAAGCGGAAGACGGAUGUGGUGCCUGCUGCACAGGGCGGCAGUACGGUCCGCUUGAGGGGGGAGAGGUGGAGUAUUACGUAUCGGUGGUUGAGGGAGGGUGGGGAGUGUGGGUGUGGGGAUGUUGAGCUUUGUGAUACUGCGCAGCGGCGCUUGGGGGUGGAGAAGGAGAAGAGGUCUGUUGUUGCGUUGAGAGAGGCGGCUGCUGCUGACAGUGGGAUAGAGGGUGGGAAAGAGGAACUUGCGGGUGAGAGUGAGAGUGGCGGUAGUUGA